AUGGCAGUUUACACUUUACAAGAUGUAUUAGAUGAAGCUUCUAAUGGGACUAAGGAAUUGGAUUGGCUUGCUCGGUACAAAAUUGCAUUAGGAGUGGCAACCGGGCUUGAACAUAUGCACUUUCUCCACAACCCAUGUAUAACUCAUAGAGAUCUGAAGCCUGCAAAUGUACUAUUGGACGAUGACAUGGAAGCUAGAAUUUCAGAUUUUGGGUUAGCAAAAGUAAUGCCUGAUGCUAAUAUCUAUAUCACAGGCUCCAAUGUGGUAGGGACUAUAGGGGUUUUGGUGAUAGGAAAGAAGCAAACUGAUUCGUUUUUCCACGACAUGGAUGAGAUAUGCUUAGCUAAAUGGCUUUGGAAUGUAAUGGCAUCAGAUAAUCUAGAACAAGCAAUUGAUUCCAAGCUUAUGGGAAAUAGGUUUGAACAAGAAAUGCUGUCAGUUUUGAAGAUUGCUUGCCUUUGUACUAUAGAUGAUCCAAGUGACAGGCCUAGCAGUAAGAAUGUUAGGUGCAUGCUAUCUCAGACCAAGGAUGAAAUACGUGAGAGUAGGCCCUCAACCCGUUUGAGUCUUGAGUUAUCAAAAACUAUUCUGAGAGAAGGAAAGGGUAAGUUGGUGGGGAAUGAGAAUUCAAUUUGUAUUAGGUAA